AUCUCCACCACCGAGAGGGAAAGGGGUGAGAAGGUGGCCACAGCAGCCAACCCCUCCAUUCCCCCCCUCAUCUCCCUUCUUCUUCCUUUGUUCCUUGGUUUUGAAGAAAGAAUCAGGCCAAAUCUCUGGUAGACACAUCGAGGCUUGAUCAGAGAACAAGGCCGGUUGUUUCCAAUAACUCAUCAAGGUCUGGACCCCUGCCCAACAUGCCGGAGAGACCUGCAAUCAGGCUCCCAUCUUUCCUUGCUUUCACGGAUCAAGAUGGCUCAAGGAGCCCAACGUCACCACUAGAGACGAAGAACAACUCCAAUUACAUUAUGAAGUCGCCAAGAGGAUGGCAAAAGAAGGAGUCUGAGGGGGUGGGACUGGGAAUUGUGGCGGCCAUGAACAACAGCAGCAAGACCCAAGAAGCAAUUUUUUCCCCUAAAUCAACUAUCUCUGCUAUCUUGGCUGUGCCCAUAAAGAACCACCAAGCCUCGCAGCCCAUCCCAAUUGCUCCUGCUAGGCCCUCCUCGCCCAGACUCGGAGGUAACACGUUUGAGACUGAGGCUGAGCUUGAGCUGUCGGAGAGCUACACGUGUGUGAUAUCCCACCAUGGGCCCAAUUCGAUCAGGAAACAUGAGUAUUUCUAUGAAGAGAGAAGAGAGGAUGAGGUGGGGAAUCUGUGGAGGAACUCAUCCUGCGUCUUCUUUGCUUCACCGCCUAGGUAUCAAGGAAACACCUUCCAGAACGACGGCUUUCUCCAGUAUUGCCACCUCUGCAGGAAAAGGCUUCAGGAUCAGGACAUCUACAUGUACAGGGGAGACAAGGCGUUCUGCAGUGUGGAGUGUAGAUGCCAACAGAUUAUGAACGAUGAAUACACGGAGAAACGCGGGCCGAAAGCCGUGAAGCACUGCGACUACUCUGCUUCUCCCUGCUCUGCUCCAAGGCUUUUCUCUGCUGGUGUUGCGGUAGCUUGAUUCUGCCU